UUCUACAUCAAGUCCAGAGCUUCUGCCCUUGUUCUUGAUGUCGAGCACGGCUUUUUCCGCGACCACACCAAGCCUGGCGCAUACCUGGAACUCAACAACCAAAAACUGUUUGCCUCUGCAAAGAGACACGCCCUCUUGGAAUUGCAACUUUGGCGCUUCGAGAACGGCUUCAUUAUCAACCGUCGUACUGGUUUGGUUCUAGAUGCCAGUGAAGGCGCUUUGAAGCCAGGCACCCGUCUUAUUCAAUGGACCCGCAAGACUGAGGACAAUGCUAACCAACAGUGGGGUGUCUCCAACGGUUUCAUUCAUUUGAAGAGUAACCCUGAUCUUGUCUUGGACGUUGACGGCGAUGGUACUCGCGAUGGAGCUCGUAUUUCGCUCAAUGAACGCAAGGAU